AUGCAAAGGCUAACUCGCAAUUGGGAAACAGGAUCACUGACAUUGAAAAUCCCGCCAUUUUCAACAUUAAAUUACGACUCAGAAUCGAGAAAGGCGUCAUUUGAAGUACAGGAUGUGACUGUCAAGCACCAGGCUGCCAUGUGGGGAACCAUUCGACAGCAUCUACGAAACUACAUUCUUGGUGUUUCCGAAGGCCACAUAUGCAUCUUGAAGCUAGUUGGAGUUGGUUUCCGUGCCUCCGUCGAAUCGUCUGCGAUCACCCUCGCUCCUGAGUACCCUGGACAGCAAUUUGUCUCCCUGAAGGUUGGAUUCGCACAUCCUGUUGAGCUCGGUAUUCCUAAGGGCGUGAAGGCUCGGACUACGCAGCCCACGACUUUGCUCCUGGAAAGUAUCGACAAGGAGGUUGUGACACAGUUCGCCGCCGACAUUAGAAAAUGGCGACCUCCGGAACCCUACAAAGGCAAAGGUAUAUUCGUCAACGGAGAGACCAUCAGGCUCAAGGCGAAGAAGAUCAAGUGA